GACGCGUCCGCGGCGAAAACAGCCAAUUCGAACCCAGUAUUAGUGCGGUUAACAGUGUUACAAACGGUGUCAUAUUCUCUGUAAUUGUCUGUCUACUUUCGAAUUAUUAUAUUUAUUGACAAUUAUUACGAUACUUAGUACUAUUUUAUCUUAACGUGUAAAAAUGCCUUUCAAGCCAGUGGAACAUCCAAAAUGCCCCAAAUGCAGCAAAUCUGUAUACGCUGCAGAGGAACGCGUCGCCGGAGGACUUAAAUGGCACAAAAUGUGCUUCAAAUGCGGUCUCUGCAGCAAGUUGCUCGACUCGACAAACUGCUCGGAGCACGAGGGUGAGCUGUUCUGCAAAGUCUGCCACGCCCGUAAAUUCGGUCCCAAGGGUUACGGUUUCGGCGGUGGCGCAGGAUGCCUCUCGAUGGACCAGGGGGAGCACCUGCAGAGAGACGGUGACUUACGGGGCUCGAGCGCGGUUAUGGAGCCAAGGGCGAUAGCCAAAGCUCCUGAGGGCGAAGGAUGUCCAAGAUGUGGAGGAUUUGUGUAUGCUGCUGAGCAAAUGCUUGCACGUGGACGAGCUUUCCAUAAGGCAUGCUUCAAGUGCAAAAUUUGCAACAGGACGCUGGACUCUACGCUUCAUUGCGAUGGUCCGGACCGUGAGAUAUAUUGUCGAGCUUGCUAUCCGAAGAAAUUCGGGCCGCGGGGCAUUGGUCAUGCAGGACUUGUAUGGCUCGGGCUGCAGUGCGACAUUGAGGACGAUAACGAUGCAGCUCCUCGAACAAAAGUGAGUGAUACUGCGUCUAUACAAGCACCACCAGGUAAAGGGUGUCCUCGAUGUGGCGGCGUAGUCUUUGCGGCAGAGCAAGUUCUUGCGAAAGACCGCGAGUGGCACAGAAAGUGUUUCAAGUGCAAGGACUGCACUAAGACACUCGACUCGAUAAUAGCCUGUGAUGGUCCUGAUAAGGAUGUUUACUGCAAAACUUGCUACGGCAAAAAGUGGGGACCCCAUGGCUACGGAUUCGCUUGUGGAUCUGGAUUCCUGCAAACUGACGGUCUUACAGAAGAAGAAAUCGCAGCAAGUAGACCAUUCUAUAACCCAGAUACAACUUCAAUAAAAGCACCAGCAGGUCAGGGCUGUCCCCGAUGCGGAGGAAUGGUAUUCGCGGCGGAGCAGCAACUUGCCAAAGGCACAAUGUGGCACAAAAAAUGCUUCAACUGUGCUGAAUGUCAUCGGCCUUUAGACUCUAUGCUCGCUUGCGAUGGACCUGACAAGGAGAUCCACUGUCGCUCGUGUUACGGCAAACUUUUUGGACCAAAAGGCUUUGGAUUUGGUCACACUCCAACUUUGGUAUCGACUAAUGGUGACGGCGCGCCUUCUUUCAUUGACGCAAAACCGCAAACUGGAACAAAAAGCACCGACGGCCACGGGUGCUCACGUUGUGGCUACCCGGUUUACGCAGCCGAACAAAUGAUCUCCAAAGACAGACUUUGGCACAAACGUUGCUUCAGCUGUGCAGCAUGCCAUCGUUCAUUAGACUCGACAAAUCUAAACGACGGACCCGACGGUGACAUUUACUGUCGCGGGUGUUAUGGACGGAAAUUUGGACCACGUGGAGUUGGUUUUGGUAUGGGUGCUGGUACUUUAACGAUGGCUUAAUCGUUCUUUCUUUAUCUUCCAUAACAAAUAAUUAAUAAUUAAUAAUUAAUCUUUAAUAAUUAAUUAUAAUUACAUUUUAUUUUAAUUAUUUUA